GAGAGUGCUCCUCACGUAAGCGGAACGCGGCGGCGAGAAGGAGCAGUAAACAUUCGCCGGGGCGGCCGGGGCCAGGCAAAAUUGCGUUCGUCUGGCGACCUUGCGUCUGCGCGCCUGUCUGUGACGUUGCCCGACGGUCACGUGGGGACGUGACGUCGGGCGGCGCGCAGUGGGCGUCACGCGGCGCCCUGCCAGCAGGCUCCCGGCGGCGGCGGCUCGGCUCGAGAGCCCGGCUGCUGCAUUUGCGUGCUGAUUGCUAGCCCUGCCGGAUGCCCUGCAGCCCUGCGGCGACGAGCGCCUGGCCUCGCCACGCACUGGGGUCCGUGCCGGUCGGCCCCCACCGCUGGUCUUCGUCCGGAUAAUGCCCACGACGGUCGGCCUGGCCGGCCUUGCUGCGCUGCGGCCGCCGACAUGCUUCCGAGCGCAGCUGCGAGCCAGGUGGUGAUCGGGCUGGUCGGCGUGGUCUUCAGCCUGGGGCUGGUUGCCUUCAUCGUGAGCUACUACAAGAUGGGCGCUCGGUCGUGGAGCGAGCGGCGCAGUCGGCCGGCGCCCCACGACCCCCAGCCCUAUCAACACGUGCUCCUCCCGCCUGUGCAGUCGGCUCUGUACACGUCAGCGAGCGUGGCCGAGCGGCAGCGGGCGGCCCUGGCAGCGGCACACGAUGCCCAGGUGCGAGCGGCGUCAGUGCGCACGGACCUGGCCCUGGAGCUGCCCCCAACCGUGGCGCUGCCAGAGGAGCACCCGCUGACCAUGAGCGUUCACCUGCGCGACGCCGACCAGGAGCAAGAGCUGUACGGUGCCUGUGUGCGAGCACCGCCCAACCGGACGGUGACGGACAGCUGUCCCCCUUGUCGCUCGGGUUCGCUGAGCCUGGUGCAGCGCAACUGUGCCACGCCCCUAGUCAUGCGCUCCCACUCGGUCAGCGUGGCCCAGUGCAGGCGGACUGCCCCAUGGCCCAGCUCUGCAGGCAGCACGGACUGCGGCCGGCCGGGGGGCGUUUGACCCCCGGCGGCGGACUAUGCGAGUCUUUCAAUGCCCCGGCAACCAUGUGAUACGAGUGUGCUUCAGUGCCCAGGCCCAAAGGGAACGUGCUGCAGGUCGGACACUUUUGUACAAACACCCCGAACGCCGGCCGCGCAACACCUUGGCCGUUGGGGCACUCUCGGGACUGUGCUGAGCAGGUGGGGAGGAAAACUAGGCAGGUUGUACAAAGCGUGCAUAAUCAGUGUUCAGAUAUAUUACGAGAGUCGGUGUUUCGCCCUCGUCUGACCGGGGCGGCAGGAACACGUGCCAUGGUGCAAGGUCUACCAUGUGAUGCGCAAACGGCAGACUUUCUCAAAUCCCAGUCACGUUUUGUCCGUUUCUUUACUCUGUGUACUUCUAAGAACAAAUUCAAAGUUGGUUAGUGUGACGGAGGCAUUGCCAACAUGGCUGGGGACAGUGGUGGCCAUGCCUGAGGCCCUCGUUCCUGCAUUGAUGGUACAAAUGUCUUCACGAUGAACUCUCAAGCAUUCCUAGUCAUGUUGUUUAAGGAAGCUCGUAGUAAACUAGAGACAAUGGCAACAAUACGAAAGACAAACCAAGAGGGCAAAAGAGUGGUUGAGAGCAUGCAUUAGUAUGCAUGCGGCAUUUUCUAAGCUCGCUUUCUAGCAAUGCCCCCAGAACUCGAGAUCCCAUGAUUGUCCACUUUGACAAAAGAGCCAGAAUUGAGCAAAAUGCUGGCUCAUCUUAAUUUGAAUCCUGUUUCUGCUUCAGACAAGACUGUCAAGUACCUAUACUAAAUUCUCAAGCGACAAAAGUGCAGCCUUUAUUCCCUCAUGCAUACCUCAAACUGAAUUGCAAUUACUGGGCUCAGUGUGAAAAAGGUUUAUGCCUGUGCAUCUGUGAGCCAUCAAAUUUCAGGGAAGGAAGUUUCAUCAUUCUGGCGUUUCUAAAAAGUUUACAAUGUAUAGCCACUGACUAGAGGUGGUGCUGAGAAUUGCUGACUUGUAAUGGGUGGUAAAUAAAGUUUAUUGUGAUUUCACAGAAUACCUUUUAAAUUAUAAUGUAGUGGACUCUUUCCAAGAGGGAGAAAUGAGUGUUGGAAAUUUGGGCAGUUGUUUGUCACUAUUGGCUAUGACUACCUUGGAACUAUCUAAAGCAAAGAAAAGGAACACCUGUUUUUUGUUUACUUCUUUACUGCAGUUUUUAGUUAAUCCCUCUAGGGAGGGUAUGCAACCUGUAUUGCUCAACAAGCAGUAUUUAUUUAGAUACAUGUUUUCUCGUAAAUUUGAUUGUUACACUAAUGACAUGAAACAAUUCAAUGAAUAUCAAUAAAUAUAUGGUUUUCCUUGGGCAGUAGCUGCACAAGAGACUUCAA